CUGCCUGCCUCCCUACCUGCUUCCUUUCCCACCCCGGGGCAAGGAAGGCAUGUGCGGCCAAGUUUAUAAACAUUGGAUCUCUGGCAGUGUCUCCCUCCUCCCUAACCUCAACACCUUUGCGCAAGUGUGUCAGGCGGUGGUGACCCGAGUCCUCUUCGCCACCCACGCCUUCAUCGCCGUGUGGAAGCUAGUGGACCUGAAGAAGGGACAGGCAGCCUACUGGUACCUGGUGGCGCCCCUCAUGCUGCAGGGCUUCGAGGGCAUUGUAUCCAUCUGUGCCAGGAACGGGGAGGAGAUGAAAUGGUUCUGUCCAUCAGUGUUCCUCUACUUGGUAUCUGUGGUUCCGCCCAUCUGGCUCCUGGAACUUGGACUAAACGAUCUCAGAGUCAACUCAACCCUUGAAAUGAAGACUUCAUUCUCAGAGGCAGAUAAGCCGUGCAUAGGCUCUCAGCCCGUCUCGUACAUCCAGCAGGAGGUGAAGGUGCUGGAGCAGGUGUUGCUGGUGAUCCUCUUGAUGGGUCGCUGGCUGCUGCCCAAAGGCAAGCUGACGCGAGAACAGUUAUCUCGCCUCUUGCUGGCUUACCUCGCCAUGGCUGCUGACGUCAUCGAGCUGUUCGAGUGCUUCCAGGAGGACGCCGUCACCAGAAACGUGGAGCUGAUCUACGCCACUCUAGCCAUCUGGUCGUGGUCGCUGCUGCAGUUCACCCUCGUGCUGAGCGCCACACACUCCCCAAAGCUGCGGCCCUCCAUCAACUACCCACCGCCACAGGAGAUCACCAUGUUGGGCUCAGACCUCGCCACGGGGUCGCGCAUGAGGCGGGGCACCAAGACCACCUGCUCCUACAACCUCAUCAUGUACCUCGACAUGGACAUCCUGGCCAUCCUCACCACGGUACUCAUGCAGGAUGGCCCUUUCUUCCUCCUCAGGAUGACGCUCAUCUUUGGGUACAAGGUGGUCAGUCACCUCAACAUUUUCUUCACCUGCAAGAACACUCUGAUCGUGUCCCUGCAGCUGUACCGCCUCUUCGUGUUGUGCUCCCAAAAACGCAUCAUCAACAGGAAAAGGAGAGAACUACUGGACGAGGUUAACUCUCCAGUGGAAGGAAGUGAGGAAGAGGAAGGCGAGGAAGAGAAAAUAGAGGAAGUUUUCCAUGAUAACAGCACAGACCUACCACCCCCACCACCAUCAGGUCAGGACGCCGCCAUGGACGAGGCUCUGGAGGCGUCCCUGCUACAGAUAAUAGAACAAGUAGGCGAGGAAAACAUUGUGAAGGAACUGGAGAAUUUGGUGUCGCUAAACUCAGAAAAGGAAAUUCAAACUGACCCAACUUCCAGCCUGAAAAACGUCAGUGAGCUUAUGUCAGUGCAAGCAUCUAAAAACACGGAAUAUGAACGUAGCUUGGAGAAUACUUUUUACUUGCCAGACUCAGACUUGCAACACAGCUCAGGGGCGCCAGUGUUCCCCCGUCAGAGCAUUAAGAAGCCACGCACUAUAGGCCGAGAGUAUGGAAGGGGCGAGGACUACCCAAGCUGCUGUGAGGUUAGUGACUGCCCGAGCUUCAGUGAUACAGACCAGGCCAAUGACCGUUUCUUUGACCACCAGGGCGUCAGCGUGUCCUCCACCAGCCUAGCCGAGCCUUACAUCAAUGAAAUCCAGCACUCUCGUUGGCCGCGGCUUGCUGAACACUUCCUGCCACAUUACCAGCAAAGCCAAAGAGGCGCAUCCGUUCCUUCCAGCCUGCGCAGAGACCCCAGAAGGAAAGUCAGUCAGGCACCCUCCAGUCUUGCCUUCUCCCACCAGUCCUUCAGCCCCGAGCCACACCGCCGCCUCAAACGCAGAGAGGGAAGCACACGCAGCCUCUCUCAGGUUCCAGGGACAGCAUCAGUGUGGGACUUCCCUCACCACCGCCACAGCUCCUACGUCCAGCCCUCAAGAUACACAGGGAUCUCGGAGUCUGAUGCUGAGACGCUGGAGACUAACGUGUAGGAGUGGGAGGCAGCCUUCACCAGUCACAAGUCUAGUGUAUGUACUACAGGGAAAUACACUAUCCUUUGUCGGAAGGAGAUGGUACGUAUGUGAUCAGUAGUGACUAAUGUACACACUUCCACUGUUUAGCAUUUUCCCUCUGUCUCAAGUCUUUUGACCUGAUAUAAUUCUUUAGUUAUCAGGUUUUGUAAAGGGAUAGUCAGAUCAGAAGACCUAUACGAGGCAAAAAUUAUUAUGGACCGUCAGUGCAGUGCUCAGCAGGGCGUGAACUGAAUUCUUUGUAUUUCUAAAACGAUCCUUUAGGUAGCUGUUAGUAUUUAGCUGGCACAGCCAGUUCUCUAUAAAUGUGUUUCGAAAGUUAGGCAGUAUGGUUAAGCAUGAUAUUUGAUGCGGAAGGUGCUUCAGUCACUCCCUGAAGGAUCGCGGGAUCAUGGCCUGGCUAAGUGUAGUGCCUUGUGUAUCCAAUUAUCAAUUAUUAGCUGGAGUGACGUCUGUUGUGGGGGAGUGGUUUAACGUGCCUCGCACUAAUAACUUGAUUUUAUUAUUUAUUAGUUGACAUGAAUGUGUCUAGUCAUAACCAUUAAGGUCACAUGUCUUAAGGAUACUUCCUCCACGAACAGUAAUUAUGUGGGGACGGACAAGCGUCAGAACUGAUAUUUUAUGUCCUUAAGAACUACCACUAAGCUUCUUUGAAUGUUGUGUAAAAUCAAUAAGGAAACUUGUAAAAACUACUAUUUGAUA